AUGCUUAACGGAAAGUUACCGUUCUAUCGCGGUAACUGCAAGAAGGCAGUGAUGAGUAACAUUGUAAAUGGAAGCCCUCGGUACAUCAAAGACAUCUCGGAAGACGCUGCGGACAUCCUAAAGCAUCUUCUGAUGAAAGAUCCCGAGCAUCGCCUCUGGAUCACGGGGGACACUUCAGGAGAUUCCGUCAGUCUUGUUGAGCACAAAGGACUCGUCCUCUUCAUCUUCAUCGUCCUCUUCCUCGUCAUCGAGCAGCCGGAGGCUUUCUGGCUUCUCCUUUGUGACUCCAGACUGGAUGGCCUGAAGGAUGGACUAAGCCCCGGCUUUUAUGAAAGCCGCAGCCUAAGCGCUGGAUCUUCUCAAAGCCGGGCGGUGAAGCCUCUGCAUAACUCCGAGAUGACGGCAAAGGACGGGGGUGAGAUAACCGUGAAGAUCCUGAGGCUCACUUUGGAGAUUAUCUGCGUGCUGACCGGAGAGGAUUAUAUUGUCGUGAGGAAGCCCGGCGUCAAAGACCGCAAUAGGUCCGGUAAAGAAAAGCUAUGCGCGGCACAGGGGCCCAUCGUGGACCCUCUUCCUAACUCACCCACUCGUAAAGACAACCUCCUGGAACCCGCAAGCAAAAUGCUUCACGUGCUGACCAGGGAGGUGCCUGUGAGGUAUGAGGACGUGGCAGUGAUUUUAUCGAUGGAGGAAUGGGAAUAUUUAGAAGGACACAAGGACCUUUAUAAGGACGUGAUUAUGGAAAAGAAAUGGCCUCUCAAUUCACGGGGUAAGUGUGCUUUUUUUGGGGACACAUGUGUUAAGCUGGACCAAACUAGACUUAUUCGGCUGUUAAAACAUUAA